UUGCAGGUAUAACUCCGCCACCAAUUACCUGCUGGCAAGAUGGCGAUCGACAUCAUUAGUUUUGCUUAUGCUGCGACACUUGCUGCUGGUGGAAUCUUAGGAUAUGUUAAAGCAGGGAGCAUGCCCUCUCUGGCAAUGGGCGUGGCCUGUGGAGCCGUGAUGGGAGUUGGAGCCUACCAGACAACAAACGAUCCUAAAAAUGUAUCAUUGUCCCUUGCCACAAGUGCGCUAUUGACAGGAGUCAUGGGCUACAGAUUUAUCAGCUCCGGCAAGUUCAUGCCAGCAGGAAUGGUAGCAUCUUUGAGUUUAUUGAUGCUGAUGAGAUACGGAUAUCGGCUGGCCCAGUGAACUGGCAUCAGACUUUGAAGUGGAAACAUCAUAGCUUCAUCAUCAACCUCCAUCGAUUGUCAUUGUUCAUGACAAUAUACAGUAGAUUAUAUUUUUCAGUCAAUAGGACUUCUCUGUUUUGAGCAAAUUUGCUUUUUUUAUCACACAAUCAAACUGCCUUUUGCCAAACUUCCUUUCUUUGUAGCAGAAUGUCAUACUCUCUAGUUUUGUUUCGCAUCAACCUUGUCCCAAGACAUCCAUAGUCCUGAUUCUGUAUUUGAUCUGUGUAAUAGAUUGUGUAGAACCUCUCAUGAUCUCCAGUGUCAAGAGGGCGGUGGGGUAGUCUAGUGUUCAAGGUGUUCGCUCGUCACACCAAAGACCUGGGUUCGAUUCCCCACAUGGGCACAAUGUGUGAAGCCCAUUUCUGGUGUUCCCUGCCGUGAUAUUGCUGGAAUAUUGCUAGAAGCGGCGUAAAACCAUACUCACUCACUCCAGUGUCAAGAGGGUUACAGUUGGUCACUUUUGUGACAGUUCUCUAUGGAGGGUUGUGCCCCUUAGUUAUGGAUCAGGAUCAUGUGUUCCAACACAGAUGUGACAAAUGUAGUUCCUGGUUGUCAGCUCAUACAUAAAGUCACCUGAAUGGUAAACUUCCAAGAUCCGGGUCUCUGUUCAGGCUGUCCUUCCACAUCCAUCUGACAUGCCAUAAUAUGACUGAAAUGAAGUGGUGUUUCACUUGUGCGCAGUCAUUGAAAAGAUAACAGUAUGAACAUUUUCUCAUCAAUCAAAUCUCAUUACAGUCUUUUGUCAAUGAAGUUUCAUGUGCUAGUGUUAGAAGGGUAAGGUUGUACUGUAUGCCUGUUUAGACAUCACACCAUGAUGCAAUAAUUUUUUUAUACAGAGGCUUAUUUGAAGAAUGACAAAGUCACCAUGCUUCUCGUACUCAGAGAGCAGAAAUUUAAAAAGAUAAAUUAGUGUGUAGGAUAUUGUUAAAGAAUCCUUAUCACGAGAUGGACAAAAACUGAUUGCCUGACAAACAACGGCUGAUGUGUAAAGUGUGGUGCUAAAACCGUUACCUGAGUUACAUGUGAAAUUAUGUAUAUUAAGGAAAUGGUUUGUAUAGUCUGUGUAAUGGAAAAA